AUGGGCGACAUCAAUGUAGUCUCUACACUGGGCGCGAUUCUCGUUGGAUGCCUUUUGUGUGUAGCUUUGUCCGCACUUGUCUUUCUUCAGACUAUCAUUUAUUUUUAUAUCUACCGCCAGGAUCUGUGGAGAAUCCAGCUCAUCGUCGGAACCGUAUGGGCUCUCGAUGCGACUCACGUUGCGCUGACUUGCACGGCGACAUGGACAUAUCUCGUUUUGAACUUUGGUAACGAAGACAUUACAGAUUUUAUCCCUAUUACGUCCUCAAUAGUCUAUGAGAACUCUUCAGCAUGCGUUCACACUAGUCAGCAGUUAGGCAUCGCAUUCACGGGUCUGGUUGGGUUCAUUGUACAAGCGUUUUUCACUCACAGAGUUUUCCGAUUGAGCAAUAACCGUGUGUUGGCAUCCAUAUUGAUUGUCAUGACAGUGGUCCGACUGGGUGCGGCUUUAGUCACGACAAUCGAGAUGAUGCGACUGAAGAGCUUCGGCGUUUUACUCGAUCAAUUCGCUUGGUCUAUCUCGCUCGGCCUUGCGCUUUCUUCCGCACUCGACCUCUUACUAUCCGCAAGCCUCUCCUUCUACCUACGCAGCAAUAAGACCGGUUUUGGCACCCAAAUGGACAGGAUUGUCAGCGCCAUCAUAUUGUAUACGAUCAAUACCGGGAUGCUCACUUCGAUGAUGACCGUCUCAACCUUGAUUUGUUGGUUGGUCAUCCCUAACAACUGCGCGUUCCUGGCAAUGCAUUUCGCCGUCAGCAAACUCCACGCCAACUCCUUGCUCACCACUCUCAACACGCGCAAAGUGCUCCAGGAGUACUCGAAGCCACGCUUCGAAGUCGGGACUCACCAGCUGGACACGCUCCCGCGGCGACCGUCCGUUUUGGUGUUCAGGAAGCCAGUCAAAGGCGAGCACUACUCCCUGGAUACGGGGCCAUCGAAAGCUGUGGAACGUGACGGCACGUGCGAGGAACGAGAUACCAUGGACAAUCGGCCUUCUGUCGAAGACAAGGUUGCGGCGCUAUGAUACGCACCCGGACAGGCACAACGCUCGGACAUGUACAAUACUUUUCUGGACUAUCACUUGUACAUAGAUUUCCCACCGAUCAUACUAUUCACCGCAGUGGACACGCGGUAC